GUUAAUUAUACUAUACCAACCAAACAAUUAAGAUUCGAUUCUAUUAUAAUUGCAACGAGGAAAAAGCUAUUUAUAAACCCAAUUAAAAUAUUCCUGGUCUCAAGUCUGAACAGCACUGCAAAGCAAAACCACGAGGAACUUAGUGAGUUUCCAAAAAGGUACCAUUGUUUUCAACGUCCAGGCCCAGCGGAUUUUUUGCUCUUUCUCCAUUGCAACUUCUUACUAUUAAAUCCUUAUACUAUACCAUCCAAACAAUUAACAAUUAAGAUCCCAUCCUAUUAUAAGUGCGACGAGGAAAAAGCUAUGUAUUAAACCACACACAAUAUUCCUGGUCUCAAGUCUCAACAUCACUGCAAAGCAAAACCAUGUCUGCAAAUAUGUCAUUCAUAUGCGCUUUUCUUGUCAUCUUCAUCCAAUUUUUUCUUCCGUUUGCUUAUUCAGUGUCUUUUAACUUCACUAGUUUCGAUGCUACUGUUACUAACAUACUUUAUGAAGGUGAGGCCCAUCCUUCACUUGGAGCUAUCGAGCUCACCAUCGUUGAUGUUGGAUGCCGUGUUGGUCGGGCUGUGUACUCGAAGCCUAUCCGCCUAUGGGACGCCUCUACCAUGACAGUAGCAGACUUCACUACCCAAUACUCAUUCAUCAUCGAUACUAAAAAUGCAACUAAGUAUGGUCAUGGUUUUGCCUUUUUCCUCGCUCCUGUCGACUAUCAAAUACCACCUAAUUCAGCCGGUGGAUACCUUGGGUUAUUGAAUAGCACCACCACUGCUGCCACGUCCCAAAAUCACAUUAUUUCUGUUGAGUUUGACAGCUAUAUUAAUGAAGGUUGGGAUCCACCAACACAGCAUGUUGGGAUCAAUAACAACUCAAUGUCAUCAGCUGCCUAUGCCCCAUGGGAUGCUGGCUCAAAUAGCGGAAAAGUGGCUAAUGUCUGGAUUACUUACAAUGCCACUACCAAAAACCUGAGUGUGUUCUGGACUUAUGACGAACACCCUGUUUUUAUGGGCAACUCUUCUGUUUCUUAUCAGAUUGAUCUAACGAAAACUCUCCCAGAGUGGGUUAAAAUUGGAUUUUCAGCAAGUACAGGCGAUAAGAAGGAGUAUAACAAGAUUAAAUCAUGGGAAUUCACUUCAAAUUUGGAAACCAAGCAAGGAAAGCAUAGUAAAAAGAAGAGCAAAAGGAGAUAUGUGAUUCUGCUUGUUUCAGUUUGUUCAAUCGUCGCUUUAAUGCUUGGCCUAGUUACAGGUUGGUUGCUGCUGAAAAAGAAGAAAGGCAAUAGUGUAAAAGAGAAUGGUUAUGCAAAUGGAACUCAUCUUGAGGGAGGAGGUUUACCAAAAAGAUUUUCAUACCAAGAACUAUUUACAGCUACCAAUGGAUUUGCAGAUGAUAGAAGGUUGGGCAAAGGAGGAUCUGCACAUGUUUAUAAAGGAGAAUUAGAUGAUCAACGCUUAGUUGCUGUAAAAAGAAUAUUCGCUGAAUCCGAGAGUUUUUUCAUCAACGAACUGAACAUAAUAUGCCGUUUAAUACAUCGAAACUUGGUAAAGUUCAUUGGAUGGUGCCAUGAUCAAAACCAAUUGUUACUUGUUUAUGAAUACAUGCCAAAUGGCUGCCUUGAGAGUCAUCUUCAUGGUAAUAAACCGACACUCCCUUGGGAUGUUAGGUAUAAGAUAGCUAUGGGUUUGGCCUCAGCCCUUUACUAUCUUCAUGAAGGUGCAGAGCAGUGCGUGCUACAUAGAGAUAUCAAAUCAGCUAAUGUCUUGCUAGACACAGAUUUCACUACCAAGCUUGGUGAUUUUGGAGUUUCGAAACUCGUGGACCCGGAAUUGAGGACUCAAACAACAAUGAUUGUCGGAACAACUGGAUACAUAGCACCAGAAUAUUUGCAAGAAGGAAGAGCUCGCAGAGAAACAGACAUGUAUAGCUUUGGGAUUGUGGCCUUGGAAAUUGCCUGUGGGAGAAAGCCUAAUCGAAAUGGUGCACUUCUUAGGUUGGUGUGGCAUUUAUACAUUGCUGGCUAUAUUCUUGAUGCUGCUGAUGGAAGGUUAGAAAAUUUUGAUGAAAAUGAAAUGCAAUGCUUGUUGACGGUGGGAUUGUGGUGUACUAAUCCUAAUGACAGGGAAAGGCCUAAUGCAGGACAAGUUCUUAAAGUUCUUCAGGGAGAAGCACCUUUGCCAGAACUUCCACUAGAUAUGCAUGAUCAUCCAGCUCCUUUACCUCCAUUACAAAUUGACCCCUCAGGCUCAGGUCCUGGUUCACAGAAUAUGGAUGAAUGGAGUAUUAAUUCAAGAUGA